AUGAAAAUAAGAGAACUAAAAGCUGAUAUUCGAAGGGUAUUUUCUUGCAAGGUAAGUACUCCACAGUGUCAAAGGGCACGAGCUAAGGCAUUAUUUUUAAUCGAGGGGAAACUGUUAGACCAUUAUGCAAAAGUUUGGGAUUAUGGCCAAGAAAUUCUUAGGUCAAAUCCUGGUAUUACCGUAAAUAUUGGAGUAAAAAGUAAUCCGGAUGGCAAUUAUUUUCAACGUAUCUACAUUUGCUUUAAAGCCUUAAAAGAUGGUUGGAACAACGGUUGUCGUCGGGUAAUUGGAUUGGAUGGUUGUUUUUUGAAGGGACGAGUUAAAGGAGAGCUAUUAUUUGCAAUCGGACGAGAUGCAAACAACCAAAUUUAUCCCAUAGCUUGGGUCGUUGUAGACGUUGAAAACAAAGACAACUGGAAGUGGUUCGUUGAACUGUUAGGUGCGGACAUUGGUUUUAAACAAGGAAGAGGUCUUACUUUGAUUUCGGACCAACAGAAGGGGCUUGUUGAAAGUGUGAAGGAACUAAUGCCAUAUGCUGAACACAAACAAUGUGCACGAGAUAUUUAUGCGAAUUUUAGGAAGAACUUCAAUGGUGAGAUGUAUAAGAAGAUGUUUUGGCGAUGUUGCAUGUCAACCACAGAAGAAGGCUUUAAGAGUAACAUGGAAGAAUUAAGAAAGUUUAGCCAAGAAGCUUAUGAUCAUCUAACAAAAAGGGAUCCUAAUACAUGGUCUAGGGCAUUUUUUUGA